ACGUCGCGACGCGCCGACAAUGGCGACUGCGUAAACUUGAAGGGGCUUCGUUUUGAAAUCUUUUGCAGACGUUGCCGCGGGAGCAGCAGACGCCUUAGAUACGGGCAGCAGCGGCGGCGGCGGCGGUGCGCGUGCGCUCCUGCAGCGCUGUGGACCGGGCGGCGGCGUGCAAGGCCGGUGGACCGAGUCAGCGUCUUGGCCUCUGUGCGUCUGAGCACUGCUAGGUAGGAAACAUGAGCGGCACCAACUUGAAUAAGAACGACGAGUUUGAUGAGCAAUUGCGAAUGCAAGAAUUAUACGGAGACCCCAAAGACGGUGAUAUCCACAAGGAUCCAAGUGGAGAAACCGAGUCUUUCGGGCAGCCGCCAGCUGACACCCCCUAUGAGUGGGACCUGGACAAGAGGGCUUGGUUCCCCAAGAUCACUGAAGAUUUCAUCGCUACAUAUCAGGCUAAUUAUGGCUUCACUAGUGAUGGAGCAUCUGGUUCUACUGAGCAUGUCUCAGACACCAGUAUGAGGACUGCAGAGGAGCCUCCACAAAGAAAAACCCCAGAACCCACUGAUCCCAAAAAGAGGGGAGAGAAAAGAAAGGGUGACUCAGGAUGGUUCCAUGUUGAAGAAGACAGAAAUACCAAUGUAUAUGUGUCUGGUUUGCCUCCAGACAUUACAGUGGAUGAAUUUAUACAGCUUAUGUCCAAGUUUGGUAUUAUUAUGAGAGAUCCUCAGACAGAAGAAUUUAAAGUCAAACUUUACAAAGAUAAUCAAGGAAAUCUUAAAGGAGAUGGGCUUUGUUGUUAUUUGAAGAGAGAAUCUGUGGAACUUGCAUUGAAACUUUUGGAUGAAGAUGAAAUUAGAGGCUACAAAUUACAUGUUGAGGUGGCAAAGUUUCAGCUGAAGGGGGAAUAUGAUGCCUCAAAGAAGAAGAAGAAGUGCAAGGAUUAUAAGAAGAAGCUGUCUCUGCAACAAAAGCAGUUGGAUUGGAGACCUGAGAGGAGAGCCGGACCAUCCCGAAUGCGCCAUGAACGAGUUGUCAUCAUCAAAAAUAUGUUUCACCCUGAAGAUUUUGAGGAUGAUCCAUUGGUUCUGAAUGAAAUCAGAGAAGAUCUUCGAGUAGAAUGUGCCAAAUUUGGUCAAAUUAAGAAGCUCCUCCUGUUUGAUAGGCACCCCGAUGGUGUGGCCUCUGUGUCCUUUAGGGAUGCAGAGGAAGCUGAUCACUGCAUUCAGACCCUUGAUGGAAGGUGGUUUGGUGGCCGUCAGAUCACUGCCCAAGCGUGGGAUGGGACUACAGAUUAUCAGGUGGAGGAGACCUCAAGAGAAAGGGAGGAAAGGCUGAAAGGAUGGGAGGCAUUCCUUAAUGCUCCUGAGGCCAACAGAAGCCUUCAGCGGUCAGAUUCUGUCAGUGCUUCAGAAAUGGCAGGGCCUUCUAGAGCGAGGCAUUUUUCAGAGCCCCCGAGCACAUGGAAGAUGAAUGCUCAAGAAGCUGAAACUGGAAUGGUAUUUGAAGAACCUGUUGAUGAGAAGAAGUUUGAAAAAACAGAGGAUAGGAGAGAAUUUGAAGAAGAUGCUUCUGGAAAAGAUCCUAAAGAAGGCAAGCUUGAAAAAGAAUCCGAAGAGGGCUGUCCCGAGAGAGAGUGUGAAGGAGGCUGUUCUGAAAGGGAGUUUGAAGGAGGCUGUUUUGAAAGGGAGUUUGAAGAGGGCAGUCCCAAAAAAGAGUUGAAGGAGAAUGGCUCCGAAAGAGAAUCUACAAAGAAGAUACUCGGGAAAACUUGUGAAGAGAAUGGCCUUGCCAGCGAGUCUGAAGAUGAUGAUGCCAACCCAGGGUCCAAAGAGGAGGGCAGCCCCCAAAAAGAAUCUGAAGAGGAUGACUCUGAGAGAGAGUCUGACGAAGACCACUCGGAAAAGCAAUCUGAAGAUGGCUCUGAAAAAGAAUUGGAGGAAAAUGGUGUCGAGCAAGAUUUUGAUGAGGAAGGCUCUGACAGGGAUUUUCCCGAAAACCUCUUUGACAAAGAGUUAGAAGAAUAUGACACAGACAAAUCAGAAUUUGAAGACACUGAAAGAAUGUUGGAUGUGGAAGAUUCUGAAAGGGAGUUUGACGAAGAGUCAGACGAAAAGGAUGACGAGGAAACCUAUGACCAGGUUUUUGAUGAUGAGUCAGACAAGAAAGAGGAUGAAGAAGAUGCAGAUGGAAAAGAGCGUGAAGAUGAUGAUGGAAAAGAGGGGGAAGAUGACACAGAUGGAAAGCUGUUUGAAGACUCAGAUGAAAAGGAAGAUGAGGAAGAUGCAGAUGAAAAAGAAGAGGAAGAUAUAGAUGAAAAGUUGUUUGAAGAUGACAACUCCAUUGAGAAGUUUGAUGAGGUGAGUUUCGGUGAGAAGGAAUUUGAUGAUGGUGAUGACAGCGGUACUUUGGGGAAUGUGAUGGAAGAGGGGCCACUGUCCACAGACAGCAGCUUUGUUCUCAGCAGUGAUGAUGAUGGUGAUGAUGAUGAUGUCUAAUCCCUUAAACUUGCUUUUUAGAGAGUCUAUCUCCAUUUGCCUGUGCUUCAGGGCCAUUACUAGUAGUUACAUGAACAUGUGCAUAGUGGUAGGAUGCCCUCACACUAACGCAUCAAUUUUCUCAUUGUUUCUUGUACCUAAUGUUUUUAAAUAUAUGUUAAUUGGCUGUUCAGUUAAAGCUGUUAUAAUGCAAAUAACUGGAUACUUGUCUUUUGUCAGAUUUGUUAAAUGCAUGCAGAAUAAUAUUUUUAAAAGUAUUCUGAUUGAAGUUUGUGAUAUUCAGAAAUAAAAAAUAUGCAGAAACUGAAAA